AUUUCGCUCCUAGGUCCAACCACGCCUCUGCACGACUGACAGCGGGGCUUGGAUCAGCCACUUAGGCGCGGCUUCGAAUGUUACGUCACAGGCAAAAUGGCGAGUUAUCCGUACGGCCAGGGAUAUCACGGAGCAGCUGGACAACCUCCAGGUGCACCCCAGGCACACUACUAUAGUGGACAGCAGUAUGGGGGAGGUGUUCAGCCUGGGGCUGGUUAUGGGGGACCAGCACCUGGUGCACCUUAUGGCCCUCCAUCUUCUGGGGGAGUUUAUGGGCAUCCUGUUCCUGGUAGUGCUGCACCUGGAGCUCCUGGAGGUCCCUAUGGAGGACAAGCACCAGGGGGACCUUAUAGUGUCCCAGGUUCAACCCCUUAUGGAAACCAACAACAUGGACCUUAUGGCCAGGGAGCACCUACUGGAAACAUUCCUCCAGGAGUGGAUCCAGAGGCUUUCUCAUGGUUUCAGACUGUUGAUUCAGACCACAGUGGCUACAUUUCCUUGAAGGAGCUAAAGCAGGCACUGGUCAAUUCCAACUGGUCAUCGUUUAAUGAUGAGACCUGCAUGAUGAUGAUGAAUAUGUUUGAUAAGUCCAACUCUGGGCGGAUUGAUCUGUUUGGAUUUUCAGCUCUAUGGAGAUUCAUCCAACAAUGGAGAAACCUGUUCCAACAGUACGACAGAGACAGAUCUGGCUCCAUUAAUCAAGGAGAGUUGCAUCAAGCUCUGUGCCAGAUGGGAUAUCAGCUUAGUCCUCAGUUUGUGCAGCUUGUAAUGUCCAGAUAUGCUCAGAGGUCUGUACAACCAGGCCUGCAAUUGGAUCGAUUCAUACAGAUUUGCACCCAACUUCAAAGUAUGACUCAGGCCUUUCGAGAGAAAGAUACUGGACUGUCAGGAAAUGCCAAGCUCAGCUAUGAGGACUUCCUCACCAUGACUACAUCACGACUUCUCUAAUCUGCCCCCCACCCAAAGCAAAACCUCUAAAGCCUUCCACUCUUUGAUGAAUUCUCAUUUUUUUCCUUACUCUUAAGGAAGAGCAUUAUAAAGUACUCAAUGUAGUGGAUAUACUACAAGUUUAUAUUUUGUGUUCCUCUGUUUUACUCUUGUCUUGUUUGUUCUCACAAGCUAGUCCUUCCUUCUGCCUUACAAGUAUGAAAUUCACCUUUUAUAAUGUAACUUAGCAUAAAAAGUGUCAGAUUUAGUGUUUUUGUAACUGUAAGCUAAUGAACUCAUACUAUAUUCAUCUUUUUGCACUUUGUUGUUGACAUAUGACCCACUAGGGGGUGCUGUAGUCCCAUCUGUCAUUCCUGUUUUAUUGUGCUUGUUAAUUAUUCUGAACUCAGAAAAAAUGUACUGUAUAGGGUGAUGUCAGUUUAUUUUGAUAUUUUUUUCCUGUACAUAGAACGUAUUUUAUUAAUCUGAUGCUUUCACAGUGAUAGAAUAAUACUCACUCUGGUACACCCCUAAAUAUUUCUCACGUAUAUAUAGUAAUAGAGCACAGCAAGUAACUAUAGGUAUUUCUGGUCAAGACUGACAUGAGCAAUGUAUAUCUAGAUCCAAUGCCCUAAGUUUAGUCUUCCAAAUCCUUAGCAUUUAAAAGCAGUUAUAACACUUCCUAUCCAGAGAGUUCUUAAAGUAAUUAAAGCAGCCAGAUGUGUCAGUACAGCAGACUUCCUCAAGCAGUUAAACUCCAUUGUGCUCUGUGGGGUGUUUGAGCUCAGCGGUAGCUGUUCAUCCCUCUGGAUCAGUUAUUCCCUAUGCAAAUUGUAAGCAGGGAUCUGGGACUUGUUCCAGCACAGAAAUGUAUUUGUUAAAUCAGAAAUGAUCGGUAUUUUUUUACUGAAUGUUAACCAUUGUUACCUAUAGGUAAGAAAUAUUGAUCUUUAGAAAAUCGGGCCUAAAUUUAGACCCAUGAAUAUUAGAAUGCUAUUUACUUGAAACCAAAUGCUUUUUACCUUUAGUGCAGUUUAGUUGGAACUGUGGCUAAAAAGGGUAUCUGUCUGUGUGGCCAAAGUUGGUAUAUCUUAUGAAGCAGUUCACUGUUAGCUUAACGUUAAGUAUGUUAUAAUAUAUUCUCUACUUAGCUUAUUAAUUAAUCUAUAGUGAAAGAUUUCAAAUUGUUAGUUUUCCUCUUCUGUCUCUUUUUCAGCUUUAAAAUAGGGGGCACAGACCUUGGUGGCAAAAAAAAAAAAUAACGAUUGGUCUGUGAAGCUACAGCUUUUUGUAGUUUGUACUACUUAUCUUUCUAUCCUUUUCAAAUUCCAGCCUCUUAUUUAAACCCCUGCCUGGUCGCUAGGGUAAAUUGGACCAUAGCAUUUAGAUAGCUGCUGGAAUUGCAAAAAGGAGAGCUGCUGAACAGAGAGCUAAAUAAGUAAAAAACAAAUAUCUCAAAAAAAAAUUGUCUCAGAAUAACCGCCAUCCACAUCAUACUGUUAGUUAAUUUAAAGGUGAACUACUCCUUAAACAUUCAAAAUUUAACACUGUACAGUUAUAACCUUCCAUUGCUUAAGUAGCAAACAUUGGUUGAAUGGGUAAUGUAUUGUGUUGUUUGGAGGUCAUAUACAGUGUCAGAUAGUGUGCAUGGCUUCUGAUGGUUUUGGUGUUUAGGGACAUGAUGAAUCAUUCAAGUCAGCAGCUCUUUAUUCAUUGCAAACUUUUUUCUUUUUUUUUUUAAUAUAGCAGUGAUUGCCAAAGCUUCUCAGAUUGCUUUUAUUGCAGUUUUGUUAAAGGCCAAGUGAACAUUUUUUGAGUUGAGAAUUUUCAUUCCAUGACUCCAUAUUGCAGUGUAAAAUUAAAACUGGGUAAAUGGGCUGUGCAAAAUCAGAAAAUCACUGUGAAGGCUGGAGUGAGUAGAUGUCUUAAAUAAUAGCCUGAACACUACUUCAUCCUUUCAGCUCUCUAACUUCUUAGUUAGUCAGUGACUUAAGGGAGAACACCUGGGACAUAACUGUUCAGUUAGUUUGCUUGAGGGGGGGGGGUAUGCUUUUGAUCCUUAGCAUGCAGGUCAGAUUCAAAAGCAAACGGUUAUGUCCCAUAUGGCCCUUCCUCAAGUUACUGAUUACUCACUUGGGUUAGAGAGCUGUUAGGAGGAAGUAGUGUUCUGGAUAUUACGUCAGACAUCUGCUCACCCCACCCUUUAUAGAUUGCAUUUUUUGGCUAACUGACUAAAAAAAUAUUUAUUUUGCGCAGUCUAUUUACCUAGUUUAAUUUUAUACUGAACUGUUCUUUUAAGGCAGAAUUUAGUGAAAGGAGCAUGCAGGAAUAUAUAUGCAUUUUAAGCAGGUUAGAACCCCUUUAAACUAUGUUGCCAUGUUUUAUAUAAGGUAUGAACAAACCAAGAUGACAUGAAAUAAACAAUGUAUAUAUUGGA